AUGACGAGCGUAGCUUCCUUUCUGGUGGUGUUAAGAAGUGUGCUGCUUCCUGUUAACCCUUUGCUGGCAUUUUCAUUGAAAAACUGCACAAUACUUUACAAGGAGAACGUCUCUGCUGAUGUUUCUGUGGACUGUAGAAACAUGAACUUUGUGGCUGUCCCUGAUUACAUCCCUAAAAAUACUGUGUCAAUACAACUUGGACACAAUCAGCUCUUAAAUAUUAAUAAAAAAGACUUUUACGGCAUGUCAAAACUGAAAAAUCUGAAUUUAAAAGUGAAUCAAAUUGCUUACAUUGAACAAGGGUCAUUUAUCAACUUGGUUUUAUUGGAGAGACUUGAUAUGGAAAAUAACAAGCUUACCAGUCUGACAGCCAACAUGUUUGAAGGCCUGUCCAACCUCACAGUUCUGGACCUCAGCAAAAACAAGAUCCAGCAUAUUCAUGAAUCUGCCUUCCAGUGUUUGACCAGCUUGCAAACUCUUAAGAUCUUCUCUAUUCCACUUAACAAAGUUGCAGAAAUUCUACCAGUCUUCCAUCUCCCACAAUUACUUAGACUCAACAUAAAAUACAUCAGAUUUACUACUUUUGACACCAAAGAUCUCCCUUUGAAUCACUCCUUGAGUCUUGAAGUGUUGAAAAUUUCUAGUUUUAACUUGAAAAUCUUGAGCAUCAUAGGGCCAAUUUCCCCUCACCUCCAGACAAUAGGCUUGUUACUCACAGACAUAAAAUCGGUGUUAUUUGACAAAAGCUUACUAAAGAACAUAACAAGCUUGGAUGUUUCCACAGGAUUAGUGUCUUUUGAAGGAAUCAAUGAAAUUCUGGGAAGUCUUGAAAGACUGAGAGAUCUAACGUUUGAAUCUGUGGAAGGGUGGAUUGCAAAUGGUCUGCUAUCUACAGUCUGCAAAAUACAAACCCUCAGGAAGCUUACUAUUUCCCAAAGCCAUUUUCACAAUUUUACUACUGACCUUGCAUCGUGCACUCAGCUCAGCGAACUUAACCUGGAAGAUACUUUCAUGCAAAAACUGUCAAAAGGUUCAGUGCAAUCAAUAAAGCAACUGCGAUUCUUAAAUCUGGGUUACAACGUCCUCACCAAAAUUCCACAUGACAUAAGGAGCCUCUCUGCUCUUGAGAUCCUGAUUAUGUGUAGAAAUGACAUCUCUGAUUUGAAAUGCAAUGAUUUUUCCAACACCAUACAUCUGAAAGAACUUUACCUGAAUGGGAACCACAUAUCCAAACUGGAAAGGUGUGUUACUGAAAACCUCGUCAAUCUGAAGGUUUUGGAUAUGAGUAACAAUGAGCUGAACAGAUUCGGAGACUCUUUUAAAAUUUCCCUGCAGAAACUUGAGGCCUUAGAUAUCAGCAGGAACUCCAUACAGUAUCUGGACAAAGAUGUUUUUCAACAUAUGAAGGCUCUCAAAGAACUGAAGGUGGAAACCUAUCAUAUUGUAGACGUACCUUAUUUUAGUGGUUUAGAGAACAUUGAAAAUUUAACAAUCUACUUACAUACAGACAGGACUUUCCAAAGUUUUCAAUCAAACAAUAAUAAACCCUUUAGUGAUAUUAAGACAAUGAAGCAGCUAACUUUAAUUGGAAGAGGCAAUACCCAAUGGGUGCCCUUACAUACAAUUAGUGAAAUGCUCAAAGCUUAUGGAAAUUUGGAAACCGUUACAGUUUUGAAUAUCUAUAUAAAUUACUACGAAGUGGAAACAUUUGAGCUGAACCUCCAGCUGAAAAGUCUGACCUUAUCAUUGACGGAUUUGUCCUACAUCAGCUCUAAAUUUUUCCUACCACUGCCAAACCUGCAGAGCCUGGAUCUCUCCAAGUCUAAACUCAGGUCUUUGAAUUUUCUGGUCCAGGCCAACCUUUCUGCUCUCAGAUAUUUGAACCUAACGCACAAUGAGAUCGAUGUUAUUAGCGAGACAGUCUUCCAGUCUCUACCCUCUCUGAGAUUCUUGGAUCUAGACAAUAACCCGUUUUUAUGUGAAUGCUCAAACGCAGGCUUCAUCCACUGGGUAGUGACCAACCCUCAAACCCAGGUGGUAAACGCUCAUCAGUAUAAAUGUUUCUUUCCUGCAGACAAACAAGAAGGCUUGUUGCUAGAAUUUGAUGUUCAGUCAUGUCGAAACAAUGGCAGCUUUCUAUACUUCAUUUCCAGCUCUUGCCUGGUUGUUCUGACUCUCCUCACAUCCUUCGUCUAUAAGUUCCUGAGGUGGCAUCUCACCUACACCUUCCACCUCUUCCGGGCCUUUCUCUACGACAGCAGGAAGGGGAGAAAAAAAGACCCUCAUCAGUUUGACGCCUUUGUGUCGUAUAACGUCCAUGAUGAGGACUGGGUUUACAGGGAGAUGCUCCCAGUGUUGGAGGGACAGCAGGGCUGGAGACUCUGCCUGCACCACAGAGACUUCCAACCAGGAAAACCCAUCAUAGAGAACAUCACUGAUGCCAUCUACGGCAGCAGGAAAACCAUCUGUGUGAUCAGCCGCAGCUACCUGCAGAGCGAGUGGUGCUCCAGAGAGAUCCAGAUGGCCAGCUUUCGCCUGUUUGAUGAGAAGAAGGAUGUUCUGAUUCUGCUGUUUUUAGAAAACAUUCCUCCGCAUCAUCUGUCUCCGUAUUACCGCAUGAGGAAGCUGGUGCAGAAACGCACCUACCUGAGCUGGCCUCAGGCUGCACAGCAUCCAGGAGUUUUCUGGCAGAACGUCCAGAGAGCUCUGCAGGCAGGGGGCGCUCUCACUGAAAACACACACCUGUUGACCGGACCGACAAAAGAACCUCCAGUGCCAGUUCAGAAUAAUGCAACGCAGACAUCAAAUGUAAUUAUUCUUGAACGACAUUGUCAACCACCUCAAUCUAAAGAAAUGGCCGCUGCCAGACAUCCGUCUUCAUGCUUCAUUCUACAGAUUCUCCUUCUUGUUGUUUAUUUCAAUUUUUCAUUUCCUUACGUACUGAAAGAAUGCAUUAUCCGUUACCAGGAGAAUCCCUCUGCUGAUAUAGCUGUGGACUGUGCAAACAGAAAAAUUGAAAACAUCCCCAAAGACAUCCCCAAAGAUGCAGUUUCACUGAACCUGAACAACAACUGGAUGCAGAAAAUUAAUGAAGGAGAUUUUUCUGCCAUGUCAAAGUUGAGAACUCUGGAUUUAACAUCAAAUCAAAUUGCUCAUGUGGAUCAAGGGUCUUUCAUUGGUCUGAUGUUUCUACAAACUCUCUGCAUGGGAAAUAACAAACUUGAUGUCCUGACAAACAAUAUGUUUCAGGGUCUGGACAAACUUACUGUUCUUUUUCUCAACAACAAUGGUAUUCAGGUCAUUCAUACAAGAGCGUUCCAGUUCCUCACUAGCUUACAAACUCUAGAUUUAGGAAACAACAGGCUUCAACAGAUCACCGACAUUCAGCCUGUCCUACAGUUACCUCAAAUCACGACGCUUGGUCUUAAAUGCAAUGGGUUUUCUUCCUUUGAGACCAAAGACCUGGAGCUGAAUCAGCCGUCAAAUCUGAAAGAGUUGGAUAUUUCCGGUGAUUCCCUGAUCAUUUUCAGCAUCUCUACACCCGUCUUUCCUUUCCUCCAGAAAAUAGAGAUCUCUAUGUGUUUUUGUUAUAAAGACCUGCAAUGGGAAAUCCCUGACAAACAGCUACUGAGGAACAUAUCGUAUUUAUAUCUUGGGAGGUCUAUUCUUUCUUUUGAAGGGAUCACAAAAGUCCUGGAGAGUCUUGACUCUUUAAGCCAUCUUAGGCUAGAAGCCCUGAAGAUGCAUCUUUAUGAAGGACUGUUAUCCACAAUAUGCAAAGUACCAACACUGAGGAAGCUGGAUUUGUUUAACAGCCAUAUCAACAAUUUGCCUAUUAAACUUGAACUUUGUUCUCAACUCACAGAGCUUAAUAUCAGGAAAAGCGAUGUAGGCGAACUCCCUCAAGGGUCACUGGGGUCAUUGAAGCAUCUCCAAUCGCUAAACAUUUGUGACAAUCAGCUCAAAAAAGUUCCACAUGAUGCGAGAAAUCUCAGCUCCCUUGAGAUCUUAAAUCUGAAUUACAAUUACAUAUCAGAGAUGACUUGUGAGGACUUUGAGAACACAACACAACUGACAGAGCUUCACCUGAAGAGAAAUCGCAUUAGCCAAGUGGAUGACUGUGUUUUUCUAAAUCUUGAAAACCUAAAGCUUUUGGAUCUGAGUUUUAAUCGACUGUUGACUUUUGAAAACAACAUUGUUUUGCCAAAGGUUGAAAUUUUAAAUAUAAACCACAAUGAAAUAGCUUUCCUAAAGACGCUUGAUUUUCUUGGUUUCCAAUCCCUGAAACAGUUGGAUGUAGGAACAGCUUUCUUUGAUGACAUGACACAAAGAUCCUUUCAUAAAGUUAAUAAACUGGAGAAUAUUAUUUCAUCUCGUGACGAAAUAUGGGAAUUAAAGCUCUUGGAAAAUCUAACAAUAGAAUUGAACCCUGAAAGCCUUUUCAGCAGUCUUCAAACAAACUAUUCUAGAGAUAUUGUGAUUUUUAGAUCAAUGAAAAGAUACACAGCAAUAUGCAAAAGAUUUUGCUUUCCAUAUCAAUUAGCAAAUAUACUCUGGUCUAUGAGAUAUUUGGAGAAUUUUACAGCUGUCAAUAUCUUUUUUGAAGCUCCUCCUGCAGGCAUGUUUUUGUCCAAUCCCUACCUCAAGAGUGUGACAUUCACAGAGACUGAUUUUUCAGUCGUGGAUCCAGAACUCUUCCUUCCAAUCCCAAACCUGCAAAGUCUUGAGCUUUCCAAAUGCAACAUCAGCUCUUUGGGUUUUCUGGUGAAGGCCAACCUUUCAGCACUCAGAUACUUGAAACUGACUGACAAUGAACUUGAUAUGAUUAAUGACACUGUAUUCAAGUCUUUCCCCUCCCUCACGUACUUGGACCUGGACAACAACCCGUUCACCUGUAACUGCUCAAAUGCAGGCUUUAUCCAAUGGGUUAAGGACAACAAGCAGACACAAGUGGUAAACGCUCAUCAAUAUAAAUGUUCCUCACCUGUGGAUAAACGAGAAAGUUUGUUGCUGGAAUUUGACGUUCAUUCGUGCUGGGAUGAUGGCAGAUAUUUCUACUUCAUUUCCAGCUCUUGUCUGGUUGUUCUGACUCUUCUCACAUCGUUCAUCUAUAACUUCCUAUGGUGGCAUCUCACCUACACCUUCCACCUCUUCCUGGCCUAUUUCUAUGACAGUCAGAGAAAGAAAAAGGAAGUCCUUCAUCGGUUUGACGCCUUUGUGUCCUACAACGUCCAUGAUGAGGACUGGGUUUACAGGGAGAUGCUCCCAGUGUUGGAGGGACAGCAGGGCUGGAGACUCUGUCUGCACCACAGAGACUUCCAACCAGGUAAACCCAUCAUAGAGAACAUCACUGAUGCCAUCUACGGCAGCAGGAAAACCAUCUGUGUGAUCAGCCGCAGCUACCUGCAGAGCGAGUGGUGCUCCAGAGAGAUCCAGAUGGCCAGCUUUCGCCUGUUUGAUGAGAAGAAGGAUGUGUUGGUCCUGCUGUUUUUAGAAAACAUUCCUUCUCGUCAUCUGUCUCCGUAUUACCGUUUGAGGAAGCUGGUGAAGAAACGCACCUACCUGAGCUGGCCUCAGGCUGCAGAACAUCCAGCAGUUUUCUGGCAGAACGUCCAGAGAGCUCUGCAGGCAGGGGGCGCUCUCGCUGAAAACACGGACCCGCUGCCCUGA